GUUUGAAUCGUGCCCGGAUCAACCUAGAAUAGUCUCACGACGAGUAUUUAUUUGAACGAAGUCUACUUUCCCUUCUUCACUAUCGCCUAUUAUCUGCUUUCGGAACCUUACUUGUUUCCUUGAAUCACAUCCGCGGUUUCCUCUCAUCGACACAAGCAACAGCAUAAUGUCACUUAAGAACGCUUCUUUCCCCUCCUCGGAGGCCUUCGACGCCAUUAACGACGCCCUCCAAUCCUCCGACGCCGAGCGCAAAGAUGCUAUCAAGAAUGGCAAUGCUGUCUUCGCAUUCACAUUAAAGAACAAGGCGGGAGAGACGGAAAGCUGGCACAUCGACUUGAAAGACAAGGGAGUCGCCGCCAAGGGUCUGCCAGAGAAAGCGACUGUUACGCUAUCUCUCUCGGAUGACGAUUUUGGCAAGUUGGUUAGCGGAAAGGCAAAUCCUCAGCGAUUGUUCAUGGCUGGAAAGCUGAAGGUUAAGGGCGAUGUUAUGAAAGCCACGAAACUGGACCCAAUUCUCAAGAAGGCGCAGGCUACCAAGGCGAAGCUAUAGAUUGUUUAGGAUAAUAAUUGUAUAACAUUCUUGCAUACAAACAGCAGUUUUGCUACC